GUAAAGUUAGUGUAUAAAUUAUAUGUGUUACUGCUAUAGUCUUCAACAUUACAUGCAAUGAAUCUCCUGAAGAACACCACUCUUGCUUCUUCAAUACUUGUCUCUGAUGCUGCAGGGAUCAAGAAAUAUAGCACAAGAAAUGUUUCUAACAAGAAAUCUGUGCAGUUUUCAUGGGUUAGGGGAGAUGGAUCAGAGCUUGUUUGCAGAAACCCCAAAACUUCCACAAUUGUGGAGAGGAGUGGAAGACUGAAAGUGAGAGCACUAACAGAAAAGCAGGAAGCUCUGGUUGUCAAAUCAUGGAGUUUAAUGAAGAAAAAUGCUGGUGAAUUGAGUCUAAAAUUCUUCUUAAAAAUCUUUGAGAUUGCACCAUCUGCAAAGAAGCUAUUUCCAUUUCUGAAAGACUCUGAUAUUCCUCUGGAGCAAAACCCUAAGCUUAAACCUCACGCCUUGACUGUUUUCGUUAUGACAUGUGAAUCAGCAGUGCAACUCAGGAAGGCUGGUAAAGUGACCGUAAAAGAGUCGAGUCUGAAGGAUCUAGGAGCUACUCAUCUUAAAUAUGGGGUUGUUGAUGAACAUUUUGAGGUGACUAAGUUUGCAUUGCUUGAAACCAUAAAAGAAGCAGUACCAGAACUAUGGUCACCUGAAAUGAAGGAUGCAUGGUCAGAAGCUUAUGAUCAGUUGGCUGCUGCUAUCAAAAAUGAAAUGAACCCCAGUUCCUAGAAAAAUAAAGUAGACCGAAAUAAAAGUUUUAAUCCGAAGCUGUGAUUGUUUAAUUUCCAUGCAAUGUAUGUGUAAUAGACUAAUAGUAGUAUAGUGUAGUUUCUAAUAAUAAAUUAGUACCGUAUUUGACA